CCGGAGUGCUGGGACACGGAGAGAAGAGGGCACAGAGAUAAGAGGCUGGGGACGGCUCUGGAGAAAUCAUCCCUCAGCAGUUAGAGGGAGGACUGUCGCAUCAUGAAACUAAUCACCAUCCUUGUCCUCUGUUCCAGGCUGCUCCCAGGUUUGAGCCAGGAAUUCCUCUCCAAGGAAGUUGACUGCAAGAGCGAAGGUGUUUUUGAUGCCGUGGAUGCUGCUCUGAAAAAAUACAAUGAAAAGACAAGUGGCAACCAGUUUGUGUUGUACCGGAUUACCCAGGUCACCAAGAUGGAUGGCUCUGAUACGUUCUAUUCCAUAAAGUACGAAAUCAAGGAGGGUGAUUGUCCCGUUCACAGCGGCAAAACCUGGCAGGACUGUGACUACAAGGAAGCCCCGGACGCUACCACAGGAGAAUGCACAGCAACAGUAAAGAAGGGGAGUAGAAAAUUCAUCGUCUCUACCCAGAGCUGCCAGAUUACACCAGCGGAGGGCCCUGUGGAGACCACCGAGUACAACUGCCUGGGUUGUAUGCACCCCUUGAUGGCCAAUAGCCCCGACCUGGAGCCUGUUCUGAAGCAUGCCAUCCAGCAUUUUAACAACAAUACGGAGCACCCCUACCUCUUUGCGCUUCACAAAGUAAAGGGAGCCGAAAGACAGGUGGUGGCUGGAUGGAACUUUGAAAUCACCUACUCCAUUGUGCAAACAAAUUGUUCCAAGGAGAAAUUUCUAUUCUUAACUCCUGAGUGCAAAUCCCUUUUGAAUGGAGCUAUGGCUGAAUGUAGAGAUUUGGCAUACAUGGAUCCUCAGCUAAGAAUUUCUUCCUUGACACAGAACUGUCAACUGUAUCCAGGAGAAGAAGUUGUGCCGCCACCUACCAGGAUUUGCGCUGGCUGCCCCAUAGAGAUAGCUGCCAACACCCUGGAGCUGCAGGAGGCUUUAAAUCAUUCCAUCACAAAGCUCAAUGCGCAGCAUAACAAAACGAACUAUUUCAAGAUUGAGAGUGUGAAAAAGGCAACAGUACAGGUGGUGGCGGGGAAGAAGUACUCCGUGGUGUUCGUGGCCAGGGAAACUGAGUGCUCCAAAGAUGGUAACGAAGAACUGAUGCACACCUGUGAGACCAGGGCAGCUGGAGACGUUCUAGAAUGCAAUGCCUCCAUCUAUGUGAUCCCGUGGGAGCACAAAGUGUACCCGACUGUCAACUGCCGAUCCCUGAUCAAGGACUCAUUGAGGAAAAGGCCUCCAGGUUUUUCACCUUUCCGAUCAGGAUCAGCGAUAGAAGCGGAAACGGGAGAAGUGACAACUGUAAGUCCACCCCACACUUCCAUGGCACCCGUACAAGAUGAAGAGCAGGACCCAGGAAGAGAACAAGGACCCACUCACGGGCAUGACUGGGGCCAUGACAAGCAAAUAGAACAUGGCACUGCCCAUGGCCGUAAACAUGAGCAUGACCAAGGCCAUGGGCACCAAAGAGGACAUGGCUUUGGUCAUGGACAUCAACGAGAACUUGACUCUGAUCUUAACCACCCAAGGAAACAUGGCCUUGGCCAUGCAAAGGGACGUGGCCCAGCCCAUGGACGUAAACAUGAGCAUGGCCAUGGUCAUGGAAAACAUAAAAAUAAAGACAAAAACAAUGGAAAGCACAAUGGUUGGCGAACAGAGCCUUUGGCAAGCAUUUCUGAAGAUAGCACUACAUCUUCUGCACAGACACAAGAGAAGACAGAAAGGCCAACACCCAUCCCUUCCCUAGCCCAGCCAAGUGUAGCGGUUACCUUUUCUGGCUUUCAGGAUUCAGAUCUCUUGGCAGCUGUCACGCCUAGUACACCACCACCUCCCACAGAUGACGAGGACGACUGGAUCCCUGACAUCCAGACAGAUCCAAAUAGCCUUUCAUUUAACCUGGUAUCUGAUUUUCCAGAAACAAUGUCCCCCAACUGUCCUGGACGCCCCUGGAAGCCAGUUCACAGGACGAAUCCAACAGUGGAAGUGAAAGAAUCUCAUGAUUUUGAUCUUUUGGAUGCUGUUAACUAAUUUAUGCAGCCAUGAGUAUUCCCUUAACACGUCAUCACCCCUUCUCCCCACUGUCCAAACACAAAUAUCCUGUUGGGAGACACCCAAACCCCUAAAAGUUCACCACAGCCCAGAGGGAAGGGGUGAGCUGCCCAGCUGGACUGCUGUCGACCUCUGGGGAAGACAUAAAAUGGUGUGCAGAAUCCGAAAUCCCUUCUGAGUCGCCCUGACAAGUUUUCUAAGCUAGCAUAGAAAACAGAUGAACUCAUUUGCCUUGUGGCCUACUGCUUUGUGUUUUUCUGAUAAUCAACACGUACCUUAACUGCCAUAUGAACGAUUUUUAUAGGUUCUUGACAGUCUGAGUAAGCGGUUGAUGGCA